UCUCUGUACCCCUCCUCUUGCCUCAAGCCACCGCAUGUGUUCGCCUCACUCUCUCUUCUCUCGGUUCCCCAAUACUCCCAAACCCAACCCCUCCUCCUUUUUUUCCCCCUUCUUCAACCAAUUCCAAACCCAAACGCAAACCCCCUCCCCAGAAUGCCAUUACGACCGAGCCACAUCCUUAGCAACCCAACUCGAGUCGCGCGCCGACCCAUCCGAGCUAGCCCAAAUCCACACCCACGUCCUCCGCCACCAUCUCCUCCUUGCUCCCUUCCAUUGGAACGCCCUUAUGCGCUCCUACCUCCGCCACGCCCGCCCCCUCCACGCCCUCCUCCUUUUCGCCCAAAUGUCCUCCUCUGGCGCCACCCCCGAUUCCUACUCCAUUCCCAUCGCCCUCAAAGCCGCCUCCCAGACCUUUUCUCUUGCUGCCGGCCGCCAGCUCCACUCCGCGGCCGUCAAGCUCGGCCUCGAGUUCAAUGAGUUCUGCGAGAGCGGUUUCAUCAACAUCUACGCUAAAACCGGUGACUUCGAGUCUGCCCUCAAGAUGUUCGACCAAAAUCCCCAACGAAAGCUUGGCUCGUGGAACGCCAUUAUAAGCGGCCUUGCCCAAGGCGGCCACUUGGCCGAAGCUAUUGACAUGUUCCUCGAGCUAAGGCGAGCCGGUUUGCUUCCGGACGACGUGACCAUGGUCAGCGUCGCCUCGGCAUGCGGCGGGUUGGGCGACCUAAACCUAGCCCAACAGGUCCACAAGUGUGUCCUCCAAGCCCAAAAUUUAGGUAGAGUAGACGUCAUGGUAUGUAACUCCUUGGUGGACAUGUAUUCCAAGUGUGGACGGACGGAUAUGGCUUAUCAAGUGUUUCUCAGGGUGCGACAGAAGAAUGUAGCAACGUGGACGGCUAUGAUUAUGGGUUUGGCGACGCACGGGAAGGUGGGUCCCGCGCUGGAGUUGUUCAAGGCGAUGCGGGAGCAAGGGGCGAAGCCGAAUCACGUGACGAUGGUGGGCGUGCUGUGCGCGUGCGCUCACGGAGCGAGAAUAGAGGAGGGGAUGAGGUAUUUGAAUAGCAUGGCAAGGGAGUGGGGGGUGGAGCCAACGGUGGCGCAUUAUGGCUGUGUGGUGGAUAUGCUGGGGAAGGUAGGGAGGUUGGCAGAGGCGCGGGCAGUCGUGGAGCGGAUGCCGGUGGCGGCGAACGCGGUGGUGUGGGGGACACUGCUGGGGGCAAGCGAGAAGCAUGGGGAUGCCGAGGUGGGGGAGUGGGCGGCGGGGAAACUGCUGGAGCUCGAGCCGUGGAACGAUGGGGUGUAUGUGGUGCUGUCGAAUAUUUAUGCAGGGAAGGGGAUGUGGGGGGAGGUGGAGAGGUUGAGGAGGUUGAUGAGGGAGAGGAGCGUGGCAAAGACGCCAGGAUAUAGCUUGGCAGCCACGUCAGCUUGAACUGGAGUGGCAUUCGCUGAAGAAGGAUUGUCUCAUGGAUGGUUGUGAUUCCAUCACAUAUGUUGCACAUAAUUCAUCUAAGGUGGAUGAAGUCUUUGGUGGAUUUCUGUGAUCCGGCUGAACUGAUGAAAUGACUCUGGUUUUCUUUGUGAAGGAAGGAAUAUACAUUGCCCCAAAAAAUGGAGUAUAUAACGGAUGGUUGUGGUUCCAUUAAUGAAUAAUUGAUCCAUUUUAGUUUCUUCACCGUCAUGUAUUUUUAUCUGAGUUGAUGGUAACAUACUCUUGCUUUACCGUGUCUCUGUCUAGAGAGAGAGAGAGAGAGUUAUUUGCAUGGACAUUAUUUUUUGUGUUAAUUGUUAGGUGCACAGCCUCUCCAAGGAAGCAUUUGCAUCCCUUCAAGGUUUUUGGGCUGCGGAUUUUUCCUUAGGAUUGCCUAGCCAAUCGAGGAUUGAUGACAUUUCUGUUUUA